ACCAAACUAUAUUGAUCGUGUUACGUAUUUAGACUUGUUUAGACCUACAAAUAUUUGGACUGUAGCUGUUUAAACUAAUAUUGAUAUAUUCGCGAUACGCUUUACGCAAGUCACGUCGCGAGACAGAGGUCGUGACUGAAUCCAAGGAAAUAGAAUCCCGUUCGACAGUGGAAGGAUUGAAGUCGAUCGAAUUGAUCACGGAGAACGUAGUUGAUGGAACGUUCGUCGCGCUGGAGAGCUGUGCAAGGUGGAUGCUAAGAGGAACCGUUCGCAGCGAAAUCCCGUAACGUUUGCACGCCGUUACGACAAUCAACGUCACGUGCAGCUGUGUAGGAGCGAAUUGAAUUUCACCAACAGGUCAUCCAGGAGCGCACGAUGAGCUUCCUAUUUGGAAGCAGGUCUUCGAAAACCUUCAAGCCAAAGAAAAAUAUCCCGGAAGGGACUCACCAGUAUGACCUGAUGAAGCACGCAGCGGCCACUUUGGGUUCGGGAAAUUUAAGACUCGCAGUUAUGCUUCCUGAAGGUGAAGAUUUAAACGAGUGGGUCGCAGUAAAUACUGUUGAUUUUUUCAACCAAAUCAACAUGUUAUUUGGCACCAUCACGGAAUUCUGUACAGAAGAAAGUUGUCCUAUCAUGUCUGCAGGACCAAAAUACGAAUAUCAUUGGGCUGACGGGCAUACCGUUAAAAAACCAAUUAAAUGUUCUGCACCAAAGUACAUUGAUUACUUAAUGACUUGGGUGCAAGAUCAGUUAGAUGAUGAAACCCUUUUCCCUUCGAAAAUCGGGGUCCCUUUCCCAAAAAAUUUCUUAUCCAUCGCCAAGACAAUACUGAAAAGACUAUUUAGAGUGUAUGCACAUAUCUAUCAUCAGCACUUUAGCGAAGUGGUCCAACUUGGUGAGGAAGCGCAUUUAAAUACAUCGUUCAAGCAUUUUAUCUUUUUUGUUCAGGAGUUUAACUUGAUAGAAAGAAGAGAAUUGGCACCGUUGCAAGAAUUAAUAGAAAAAUUAACAGCGAAGGACGCCCGAUGAAUCUUAAUCGUCAACUGAAAACUCCUCCAAAGAAUCUUGUCCAUGCUAUCUUUUUAACAGACGUGUAAUUGUGCAUGUUAUUUAACUAACCCAAUUCAUUGCUAACCCGAUCAUAGUUUUGAGCCAGGCAUUUCAUUGUUAUAUUACAUAUAACAUAUUUUAUUCAGUUACAAAAACAAGUGACUGACUUCUGCAUUUUGUAACGAAGAUGAUUCUUAGGAAGGAAAAGGCUAUUUGGAAGAUCGAUGAAAUUACGGUAAAGAUUGAGAUGGUGAGGAUUAUUAACGUAGACUUUUGUAAAAUAGUUAUACAUUUGAUACAAAUUAUAGUAUCAGUUUUUCAUUUUGAAAGGAGGGAGAAAAUGUUAUUUCUUAAAUAGACGAGGUGUUUCAUCUUGGAUUGAUUACGUGUAAUUUGUUACGCAUAACAAAUUUUUAUACUUUAAACUCUGAAAAAAAAAAAAAUUAAUUCAUAUCGGCUAUAUAAAAUAGAUUAGAGCUUUUAAUAUUAGGGAAAAAAAGAACGAUGACGUUCGGUCUAUCUAUGUUUUUUCUUAUUUUUAUUAUCUUUUAUAUUAUGUGUUACGUUAUUUCACUAUAAAAGUUCGGAAAAUAUUGUCACUUUUAUAAAUAGAAACGGUACUACGCGUAAUGUCUAAAAAUGAAUAUUCUUCUUUUAACGUUGUGUCUUUGAGUAUCAGUAUGAAUUGAAACAACCCGAAAUUGAAGAUUCUAUAUCAUUACUAAACUAUGCAUUGUUGGUACAUAACGUUAUUAAGUUAAUAUUAAUCUAUUUACAUUUAACUUCAUACUGUGUAAUUAGUUUAGGCGAUUAUUAUCAUCGUGUUAAGCGCUUGCAAUAGAAAUUUUAUAUGCACUAUAUCUUUUAUCCUUUAUACGAGUGAGUUCUUGAGUCUACUCUAUUUUAGAAAGAAUAUUAUAUUAUAUUUAAGCCGUUUGCGUUUCGUUACUGGGAAAAUUCUUUUUGUAUUUCAUCUCUUUUUUUUUUCCUUUUUGUCUAAAAAUGACUUUCUCUUAAAUGUUACAGAAAUAUUUGUAGACGAAUUUACAAAAAAUUAGUAAUUUUAUUUUCAAGUAUAAUAUAAAUUCGAUUUGAAAGAAUAUGUUGCAUUUGAAAGAGUUAGAAUUAAUUUAAUGGAUACAGGGUAUCCCAGGAAAAAACGCAAAAGGCAAACAUUUUCGUAUAAAUAAAUACGUGACGUGUAUAGUUACAGUAUGCACAGUCACAUAUGAUUUAUUUCGCUAUUAAGAAAUCAUCUUUGAUAUAUAGAAAUGUCAAAUACAAUAGGACGCAUUAUUCGUUUAUAGCAUGUUCAGAUAGUUUCCUCGCUUAUAGGAGAGAUCAGAUGUUAAUAUAUAUAUACACGUACAUAUAUAUAUUAAUAUAAAUGCUUACUGUUUUCACGUGCGGUGAGACUGCAUCCGUUGCAUUCGAAUAUUUAAAUGGAUGCAUUGUAUUCGCUUGAAACUAGAAAAUACUCGUCAAAUAGUUUCUGUUCACACUCUGUGUCCUUUGCUGUGAUGGUCGGAUUUUGCAUUUCUGCGUGAAGAGCGGGGUGAAGUUUUAACUAAGUUUUUCAUGCUGGUGUUCAUGUAAGUGACUAUCGUUUGAAUGGAGUAAUAUAGGAAAAUAGGACGUUAUUGCUUAUACUAUUGUGAGAUAUGUUUGCUUUUAAUGGACUAGGCUAUUUUGUGAUAAGUAUCGCAUAAAGUAAUUACAUAUUGAAUUAGAAAAGAUACAAGGAGAUGUAGUGGUUGCGACUUUUGUUGAUAUCUUCCGUUCAAGAUUUGGUGGGAGAAAUGCAAAAAAUUUCUUUUAAUACUAUAUUUAGUAUAAUAACAUCAAUGGUUAUUGACCACGUUUGUUAAUUCAACAUUUACAUAUACGAUAACUAUUUUAUGCAGAAUUAUGAAUUAACUGUUAUUAUGUGAGUGUACUAAAAACUCUCAAAAAUAUUUAGGAAAAUUUACAAUAAAUUUAAUAUAUUCAAAAUACUACUACAAUCACUUGUAUCUUUUAUCAGUUUAGCGACUAUAUAUGAAGAACUUAUCUGAGAACAGUCUAAAUUUAUCGACACAACAAGCGGAAAGAUGGGGAUUGAUUGAAAUUCGUGACUGCGACAGAGAUUGCAAAUUGUUAGUGAUUGAAGCGAAUAGAAGGAACAAAGUGUUAUUUUUUAUAAAAAAAAAAAGAAGGAAAACAAAAAGAAAAGGCGUCUGCUACUAUUUAACACCGAAAACAAUUAGAGUUUUUGUUUAUCUCUCUCGCGUUAACGUAUGAAUCGAUCGUGUAGAAACAUUGUGUAAGGUUGCUCGAUGUGAUACCAUUUUUUCAUGUAAAUCACGAGGAUCAAUGAGAAAAUUUUACGAGGUCCAGGACUAAUAUAAAUGUAUUUUAUUAUAAACGACGUAAACGAACUAGCUUUCAUAAUAAACUUCAAUACUUAUCGACGAGCAGGAAUGGAUAAACGAGAGAAAAAUAACCAUAGGAUGGCUUGAGUUUCAAAGAAUGACGAUUCGAGAUAGGCAUUUUUUCGUGAUGGUCUACUGGCGUGUUGAAUGUAAAACGAAUAUAAAUAACAAUAACAGUAACAAUAAUAAUGGCUCGUAUCGACGAUAAUAUUGUAUUCAGUACUUAAGAAGAUUGAAAGAAUUGUACCUUAUUACAUAGAAAGAGGAAAAAAUUUUUCUCGCAGCAAACACACACGACACACACGAUUUCGUCUCUCUUCUUUCUUAAUCAUAAUAUUCAAAUUAGAGGAGCGAAAUCGUUUGAGUAUAUUAGCGUUGUCAGCUAGAAAUUAUUUUACACACAAAUAACGCUGUUAUCGAUUAUAAUUAUUAUUAUUAUUAUUAUUAUUUUUAUUUUUAUUUUUAUUUUUUAUUUAGUAGUAUUAUCGAUACAAUUAUAUGCCUUUAUUACUGUUUAUAUAUGAUAAUUUACACGGUUCGUGUCGUUAGAUUGGCGUUGAAUCUUUAACAAAACGCAUUUGGAUAAUUUUUUUCUUUCUUUUUUUUGUUUUACUAAAAAUAAAUGUAACUCAGUAUGUUAUCUUUUUGACUAAUUUGUUGAAAAAUAAUAAAUAUUUUUCCUUUCUUAA